AUGAUUGGCUCAUCUUCCAUUCUUCUGAGAAGGCUUGCACGACAACGUGCUCAUGGAAGCACGGGACUUGGCUGGCAAAUGAAUAUUGAGGAGCCAGCACUUCAUCCGACCAGAGGUGUUUAUCAUCAUCGGGAUUAUCAAUCCAUUUCUCCAGUGACUCACGAAGAACUAACUCGGGAUCAAGAGACUCAUUUAAAGGAGGAAGAAUCCAUUGAAAGGAGUAACGAUCUUACUGGAGUAAUUGGAACUGAAAAUAUACCUAAACCAAGGUAUCGAUAUGAUGAAAAUCUUGAAUUAGAGGAACGAUCACCACUCAUUGCAAAUGCCUCUCCCGACAAAAAAUUACUUCCUACUAUUGAAGAUGUUUUAAAAUCUCGUUUUCAUACUGUGACAAGUAUUAACAAAGAUACUGGUUUGAGAUUAAGUUUAAAAGACUCUUAUGAAUUUUUUGAUGCAACUGGGACAAGAUUUCUGUAUUAUUCUCUCGAUAGAGAGGAGAGACGGUACUUUUCAAAUGUUGAUGACUUGAUAAGAUUCAUUCAGAAAGAUAUCAAAUUUCAAACAAAAGCAAAAAAAUUAGAUCCAACAUUUGACGCUUCGAAUCAUGAGUUGCCUCAAUUUUGGAUUGAUUGUCAAGGGUUCACCAAUGAUGAUGUAGAUACAUUGAGAAUGUAUUUUAAUUUUGAGAAAAUAACAGCAGCAUCUUGUUACAGUGACCACUUUGAUGCAUCCGACAAAUGGGAGUAUUUUGAUGAUUAUUUUUUUGCAUCUUUAAGCGUGAGAGAGAAGGAGAAUGGAGACGAAGAAACUUAUCAAAUUGAGGAGAUUAACACAAAAUCAAAAAAUUUUUAUGAUUUAUCAAGAUAUUUUACACGAAAAAAGAAGAAAGAAGAGAAACGGCCAAAAGUCAAAUUAUAUCCCAGUAUUUUUGUUCAUUUAUUGUUGUAUGAUCGAUGCAUUAUCACAUUUCAUGAAAAGCCAUUUAUUGCCUCUGAAAUUAUGUUAGACCACUUGGAAAGGCAAUAUUCAAAGAUUGGAAGACGCUCUAAACUUAAAAGAGUAUACACAACCGAGAGCAUCAAUAAUGGAGAAUCUCCUCUCUUUUCCCAUUCAUAUGCUUCCAUGUCAAUUUCUCCAUCUUUUGUUUUUCACAGUAUGUUGGAUGGUUUUAUUGACCGAAUAAUUCCCAUUGUAGAUGGAGUUGUACGUAGUUGUGACAUGAUCGAUGAGUAUGCACUUUCAUUUUCGAGCGCCUAUGCUGGAAAUACAGUGAUUAAUGAUAUUGCCGAUUUCAAAAGAAAAGUGAUUGUCCUAAAGAAGCUGAUUUUCCCAAAGCAUCGAAUGCUGGUUUAUAUUGUUUCGCAUCAUCUUUCUACUACAUAUUUCAAUGAGGACUUGGAUAUUGCCAUUGAUUCUCUCAACGAGUCACAUACAAAUUAUUUGACCAAGUUACAAAUUGAGGUAGCCCAGGCAAUGGCAACUACAGACAAAUUUAUGAAUCGUUUGAGUGCAAUGGCCAUCAUUUAUGCUCCAUUGAUGUUAAUUGCCGGAGUGUUUGGAAUGAAUGUGCAAGUACCUGGACAGCAGCAAAAAGACCUCUAUUGGUUUUUUGGCAUUCUUUGCUUUAUGGGAGUUAUGACAAUGAUUGUUAUCAUUUUGUUAAGAAAGAAAAUUGUUUAA